AUGACAUGUGGAACCGAUUUUAUCAAUGGCUGGAAAUACGAGGUCGGAUGUAAGAUGUCGGUUGUGUUCCUCAACUUUUUCACCAUGGCAAACUUCAUGUGGCUCUUAGUAGAAGCUCUCUACCUUAACUACCUUCUCCUGUCUUCGUUCCCCCAAGGAAGGAAAUACUACUGCUGGCUGGUCCUCUUUGGAUGGGGUCUCCCAACAUUCUUCACCACUCUGUGGAUAUUCCUGAAAGUGUAUUUUGAAGAUGUUUUGUGCUGGGACGCAAAUGAAGAUUCCCCUUACUGGUGGGUCAUCCAAGGCCCCAUCAUGCUCUCUGUUGCGGUCAAUUUCAUUCUUUUCAUCAAUACGAUUCAAAUCCUGUUGAAAAAACUGAAUCCCAGAAACAUCACUUUGAACAACUCAUUUCAAUACAGACGCCUCUCUAAGUCGACCCUGCUUCUCAUCCCCUUGUUUGGGACCCAUUACAUCAUCUUCAACUUCCUGCCGGAAUACAGCCACGUGGGAGCCCGCCUCUACUUGGAGCUGUGCGUUGGAUCCUUUCAGGGCUUCAUCGUUGCUGUUUUGUACUGUUUCCUAAAUCAAGAGGUACAAACGGAACUUUGCCGGAAAUGGCGAGGCAAGAAUUAUGAAUGUAUGAUGCCUUCUAGGAGGAAGAAGACCAAAUGGACGAUGCCCACCAAUUCCGGGAUUAAAGUGACAAACUUGGUAUUUGGGCAAAACAUCAUCGCCUUGACGUACUAUCUUGGAAACCGCCGUUGCGUUGAGAAUUGCUUCUGUGUGGUUGUGUCUUCAACAGUGAAGGCUUGUGUUACUUUUUGCAUGGCUCAAUGCUACAAAACGCACAAAACGGGUGGCAUCAAAAAUAACCCCUCCGUGCCAGCUUAA